UACGGUAGAGGGAUGUGAUGAGAGACGGCAGGUAGACAAUGAAUGGGUGACAGGCAGAGAGAGGUGACAUGGCAGGGAGGGAGAGAUAGCUGGUGCUGGGGGGGAGACAGUCCUUCAUUCUGAACCAGCUGGUCCUUCAGCACUGGACAGCGACCAGCGAAGGGGGGAGCAGAUUCCGAUAGAAUGGAUGUAUCAUAGCGAGAGGGAAGUGGGAUAUGCUACGUUAGGGAAUGACUGAGAGCUAUUGGGGAAUUUAUCAGUGGGGGAGGUUAAUAGGGCAGGAUUGUUCCCAAACGGGAUCAUUAUUUUAGGUGUCAGGAAGAUGCAGCCUGCCCCCUUCACAGGUUUGGGGUAAACUGAGGACAGGACUUGGGUCAGUAUCGAGGAGGAGGGGGCCUGGUACCUCCUUGUGCCCCCCAGUGAUGAUGUUGCCAGGGAGCAGUCGGUAGGAUUAGGAGGAGGAGAGCAGUGGUUAGGAAGGGGGGAACCGGCUCGUUCCUCUCCGGUGUCCGAGUUGAGCACGGCGGGGGAAGAGGUUGACGUGAUGGGCGAGUGGACAAUCUUGGAGCGCCUGCUGGAGGCGGCAGUUCAGCAGCACUCCACCAUGAUAGGGAGGAUCCUGCUGACUGUCGUAGUUAUAUUCCGGAUCCUGAUUGUGGCCAUCGUUGGUGAAACAGUCUACGAAGACGAACAAACCAUGUUUAUGUGUAACACACUCCAGCCAGGAUGUAACCAAGCAUGCUACGACAGAGCGUUUCCUAUCUCCCACAUUCGCUACUGGGUCUUUCAAAUUAUUUUGGUGUGUACACCCAGUCUCUGCUUCAUCACUUACUCUGUUCACCAGUCAGCCAAGCAGAGAGACCGGCGAUAUUCAUUUCUCUACCCUCUAUUAGAGAAAGAGCUUCCCCGUGAAACCCGGCGCAUGAAGAACAUCAAUGGGAUUUUGAUGCAGAAUCCUGAUAUCUCGUCUAAAGAUGAGCCGGACUGCCUGGAGGUCAAAGAGAUCCCAAGCACACCCAAAAAAGCAAUCAAGAGUGCCAAGGUGAAACGUCAGGAGGGCAUCUCUCGUUUCUACAUUAUCCAGGUCUUUUUUCGAAAUGCUUUGGAAAUUGGUUUCCUUGCAGGACAAUAUUUUCUCUACGGGUUUAGCGUGCCACCAAUCUUUGAGUGUGACCGUUACCCCUGCGUGAAGGAGGUAGAGUGCUACGUUUCCAGGCCCACAGAGAAAACAGUCUUCCUGGUUUUCAUGUUUGCUGUGAGCGGCAUCUGUGUCCUCUUAAAUUUAGCUGAGCUAAACCACCUUGGAUGGAGGAAAAUUAAAACUGCUAUGAGAGGGGUGCAGGCACGCAGGAAGUCAGUCUGUGAAGUGCGCAAAAAGGAGCCAUCAACAUUGGCCCAAGUGCCAACAUUAGGUAGGACACAAUCCAGCGAGUCUGCUUACGUUUGACAUCUUUUGAGGAUGUCGAGUUACUAUGGUGGCAGGAACUUUUCCUUGUACCUGAUAUCAUCGGUAAGGGAUAGGAAACACUGCACUGACGGUGCCAGUACAGCUACAGUCUUCCAAGCAGCCAUGGAGAACAUGAAAAACUUUAUUGGAAGUCGGUGGAUAAUUAAGGUCAUUGGUGUGCCGUACACUGCGGAUCGCAAUAUCCCUACCUAUAUG